AUGAAGAAUAAAAAUGAAAUUGAUAUAAAAUCGCAUCAAAUGCUUUUAGCCUUUGGAUCUGAACUCAUUCAAAAGGCUGGGAUUCUACUACAACUCCACGCAGUUACUAUCGCAUCUGGACAGUCAAUUCUCCAUAAAUUUUACGCAUACCAUAGCCUUAAAGAUUUUAAUAUAAGAGAUACAUCAGCUUCUUGUUGUUUUUUAGCCUGUAAAUUGGAAGAAAAUCAUAGGAAGUUGGAACAGGUCGCUAAAAUUUUCGAAUUUUUAAAAUAUUACGAAGAUGAAAAUAAAUGUUAUAAAUACUCACCAGAAAAUGAAAAUAUGUUGAAGAAGAAAAUUUUGGAAAUAGAGAAGGAAAUACUUAUAGGAUUUGCAUUCAGACUUGAUAAAAUCAUUGUUUCACCUCAUAGAUAUAUCCUACAGUAUACAUUUGCUCUUUUUCAUAAUUUGGAAAAGUACAGCUCCCACACAGUGGAUAAACUUGCUCAAAGAGCUUGGGGAUACUUAAAUGACAGUAUGAGAACUUCUCUCUGUUGUAUGAUUAAACCUAGUUCCAUAUCAGUUGGUUGUAUAUACCUUGCAGCAACUUCACUAGGAAUACCUCUCAAAAAGGAGACGAUGUGGUUUAAGGUAUUUGACACUACUUGGGACGAAAUUGUUACUGUUUGCAAGGCUAUGGACUCUUUAUACGCACUGGGAAAACCUAAAUAUUUAAACCUAUAA